AUGUCAGAGAGUAACAGCAGCAACCUACCCGACGCUGCUAAUGAUUCGUUGGGGCAAAACAAGUCUGAUGUGACGGCUAUUGACAACAUGACUUCUGCCCUUGCAUCCACAUCCAUCAUGAGCGGCAUGGGCGAAACAGCACCCGACAAGUUCCUUCCACCCGCGUCCUUUGACAGGUGUGACAGUGGGACGAUUAGUAUGCCAAGUCUAAGUUCCUUUGAUGGUCUGGCCACAUCUUCUAUUGACGGGGAUGAUGAUCUAGCAUCGUAUGACGAUGACGAAGAUGUAACGGAUUUUGAUGAAUCCUAUGAUGACGAAGAUGACGAUGAAAUCAUUCAGGGGGAUCUAGUUCGGAAUGCACCUAUAGCUGCUGAACCGAGACCUAUGCCUGUCAUCCCAGGAUUGGAAGUCUCAAAGGAUGCUAGGCCGGGCACCUUUUUGGCAGAACUUGCUAUUUCCGCUGACUCGUUGGUGAACAAGCGAACACCUGAAAAGGAACUCGGGGCUCGUUGGAAGGAUGGAUCCAUCCCCAUCGCCAAGCUUGUGAAACAAAAAAAAGGAAACAAAAAGGUACAAAUGCAAAUGGAAGAAAACGAAGACAAGCAGGGGAGGGGGCGGCGCAUCUCUGGACGCCGUCGAUUGCGAUCCAAAUCACCCCCACCGCCUAUAGCAGGCAUACAAGAGGAUGUCCAAAGCGAUGAUGAUGGCGAGAUCCUAAUGUCCUUUAGCGAGCCACCUCUUCGACCAGUCCGCCAGGCAUCUGUAGAGCUGCCACCCAUGAGUCCAUUGCCGCUCAGUGGCGUUAUUUCGCCCCAUGGAGCCUUUGCCUCCAUGUCCUUACCCAUCAAGCCUGAGCGUAAGAUAUCGGUCGGUAUGUUGGAUAAUAUGACGGGCGAUUUUCUUUCCUCGUCGACACAUUCCGCUGGUGAACAAUCCAAUGUUGGAUUGUCACCCGAUGACGUUGCAGAAGAGGGCACCCCGCCAAUCCAACCAAUGCGGCAAACCACCAGAAAUAUGUACGACCGAGUCGUCGAAACAAUUGAAGAAGAUGAUAACCCAGAUGACGACGAAGAGGAUGACUGCCAUCCCACUCCCAACGAUGACUCGCCGUCUCUACCCCAACGAAGAGAAACUAUGCAAGACGCUGCUUUGCUGGACCCUGACGAUAAGUGCUUGGGAGAAUUGCGGUAUUCAGAACAUCGGAAUUCAUUGAUUGACGACUCUCAGUCGGAAAGCCAUGAGGACUUUGUAACAAGAACUACUAAUUAG